AUGGGUGAGCCUACGUACAAUGCCAUCGAGGACUAUGGUUUGAUCGGGGACAUGCACACCUGUGCCCUGAUCAGCAAGGCCGGUAGUUUGGACUACAUGUGCUGGCCAGUCUUUGACUCUCCUACUGUCUUCUGCCGUCUGCUUGACGACAAAAAAGGAGGAUUCUUCUCUGUGAAGCCUUACAAGACGGUGGUCGAUGCCCACAGCAAGCAGCGAUAUCUUCCAUACUCGAAUCUGCUCGAAACCCGGUGGACUAACGAGGAUGGUGUCGUGACAAUGCUGGACUACUUUCCAGUCACUCCCAAAAAGGGUGCGCAGUCGGCCCGGUUGUUGUCGGGAUACUGUCCUUGUAAUGAGCCCGGAACCAAUCGCUUCAAGUCGGGACUGCAGCACUCAGGCCUGAUCAGAAAGCUGGAGUGUGGUCGUGGCUCGAUGGAAUUGCAAGUGGAGCUGUUCCCGGCUUUUAAUUAUGCGCAAGACUCGCACAAUGCUCGUGCAAAGCUGGAAAACGACAUGUCCCAGCACCGGCUCCAGACGAUCCAUUUCGAGAGUGAGUCGGAGCGGCUGCAGGUCGAGAUCUUUGCCGAUUCACGGGAACCAGAUAAGCUUGGUUUCCCCUCGGCGAAGUUGAAACUGGAGGAACGAGAAGGUCUGCGAGGCCGCGGGUUAGUGGCCUGGAUCCGCCUGUCAGAGGGCCAGACCAUUCAUCUGGUGUUGCACAGCCCCGAGAAGGCUGUCCCCAGUUCGGCCACAAUGGCAGCUUACCUUCUCAAGAUGGAGGAAGAAACCUCUGACUACUGGACUAAUUGGACACGGAAGUGUGCCUUCCGUGGUCAUUAUCGAGAGACAGUCGAGCGCAGUCUGCUCAUUUUGAAGCUGUUAACCUAUAAACCCACCGGUGCCAUUGUCGCGGCACCCACCUUCUCACUCCCUGAAAAUGUGGGCGGAUCUAGGAACUGGGAUUACCGGUAUUCCUGGGUUCGUGACACUGCCUUCACGCUCUAUGUUUUCCUUAAAAUGGGCUACAGCCAAGAAGCGGAAGCGUAUGUCAACUUCAUCUUCGAGCGAGUCUUCCCACAUGCCGCCCAAGACUUUGACCCCAACAGCAAUAGACCCUUCUUGCCGCUGAUGUUCACUAUUCGAGGCGAGUAUGACAUCCCUGAGGUGGAAUUGGAUCAUCUCGAUGGGUACAAGGGCAGCAAGCCUGUUCGCAUCGGCAAUGCCGCCGUGUUCCACACGCAGCUGGACAUCUACGGUGAACUGUUGGACAGCAUCUACCUGUACAACAAACACGGGAAUCCCAUCACCUAUGACCAAUGGAACUCCAUCCGGCGUAUGAUUAACUAUGUCGUGGGCGUUCGUAACCAGAAGGAUAUGUCCAUUUGGGAAUCGCGUGGCCAAAUUCAAAACUUUCUUUAUUCAAAGAUCAUGAUGUGGGUGGCUCUUGAUCGAGGAAUUCGCCUCGCGGAGAAGCGUGCUAGCUUGCCAUGCCCAGAUCGCUUUGAUUGGAUCAGGGUUCGUGACGAGAUGUACGACGAGAUCAUGACCAAGGGGUACAAUGAAGAGCGUGGCCACUUCUGUCAGAGUUACGAGAGUCGCGACGUUCUGGAUGCGUCUAUUCUGAUUGCUCCCUUGGUGUUCUUUGUUGCGCCCAAUGAUCCACGAUUCAUCAGCACCCUGAAGCGGAUUCUCCAAAGCCCCGAGAAGGAGGGUCUGUCUAGCGCCAAGAUGGUGUUCCGCUACGACCAUCUCAAAGCCAACGAUGGUGUGGGAGGAGGCGAAGGUGCCUUCAUCAUGGUAACCUUCUGGCUUGUCGAAGCCAUGGCUCGUGCUGCCAACUAUGAUGUGCCUAUUCCGAAUAUUUGGAAGCUUGCGCUUUCGCACUUUGACAAUAUUCUGUCCUAUGCGAAUCACCUGGGCAUGUUCUCUGAAGAAGUGGCCAUUUCUGGCGAACAAAUGGGCAACAGUCCCCAAGCAUUCAGUCAUCUGGCCUGUGUCAGUGCUGCAAUUAAUCUAGAGAAACUUGGACGAGGAUGA